GGCGCGCUGCCAAAGGGCAGCCGGGGAAGGCGGGCCGGGUGAGUUGCAAGCCGACUCGGCCGCCGCCUGAACUCGGAAGUGCAGAAAGCGAGAGAGGGUGGUUGUGCACGUCUCUGCCGCCGCCCGGGACAGCCCGGAGAGCCAUCUGGGUCCAGUGGCAAGAUAUACAUCAGGACAACUGGAAAUGGCCCUGGAUAUUUAAGGGACAUCUUAUGGAUUUCUCCAAGAUCCCGCAACAAGUAGCAAUGCUACCUAGAUGGGAACUGUUUCUCUACCUGCUCGUUUCUCUAGGUUUCCACUUUUAUUCUUUCUAUGAAGUCUACAAAGUCUCUAGAGCACAUGAAAAGGAACUGGACCGAGAGUUUGAGCUGGAGACAGAUGCUUUAUUUGGAGGAUUAAAGAAGGACCCUACUGACUUUGAAUGGAACUUUUGGACAGAAUGGGGGAAACAGGAAUUGAUCUGGCUUUUUCUUGGCCACAUGGCUUUGUCUCAAGUUGCCAUGCUUUUCAUGGGAAAGCACAGACCCUGGUUUCUCAUGAUCUAUGGAAUGGGGGCCUGCUGGUACCUGCUGGGAGCUCAUGGCCUGGCAAUGGUUUUCCUCCACACCAUCAUUUCCUUCUCUGUGGCCCAGUUUCGGUCCCCGCUCUUGUCAUGGCUGUGUUCCUUGUUGCUACUUUCCACACUGCAGGUUCAAGCUCUGGAAGAUGUAAAGAGAGGAUGGUAUAAAACAGAAAAUGAGUAUUACUUGCUGCAAUUCACCCUGACGGUUCGAUGCCUCUACUACACCAGUUUCAGCCUUGAGUUCUGCUGGCAAGGGCGGCCACCUGAGGCUUCCCCAAACUCCUUCUUCUGGCUAUUGGCUUAUGUCUUUUACUAUCCAGUCUUGCACAAUGGUCCCAUCCUCAACUUUUCAGAGUUCAUCAAGCAGAUGCAGAACCGAGAAUCUUAUUCCCUGAAGGUCAAUCUUCGCAUUUUUGUCCUGGGAAUAAGUCGCCUUUUCUGCUGGUGGUGGUUGGCUGAACUGAUGAUUCAUUUAAUGUACAUGCAUGCUCUGUAUAGUAGUAGUUUCCUUUUGGAAGCUGUAUCUCCCUGGGCAUUAGGUGGACUAGCAUUAGCCCAAGUACUGUUUUUUUACGUGAAGUACUUGGUCCUUUUUGGUGUUCCUGCCCUGGCUAUGCAGAUGGAUGGACUCCGACCGCCUGCCCUGCCCCGAUGUGUGAGCACAAUGUACAGCUUCACUGGAAUGUGGAGGUAUUUUGAUGUUGGGCUUCAUAAUUUCCUAAUCCGAUACAUCUAUAUCCCAAUGGGAGGCUCCCGCCGGGGAGUGCUGGGAAUGCUGUUUUCCACAUCAAUGACUUUUGCGUUUGUGAGUUAUUGGCAUGGAGGGCAUGACUACCUGUGGUGCUGGGCAGUGCUGAACUGGAUAGGAGUGACCAUGGAGAAUGGGGUCCGGAGGUUUCUGUCCAUUCCCUUCAUUCACGACAGUUUGGCUCAGCAUCUCUCCCCACAAGCUCGCCGUCGACUACAUGCCAUUCUGGCUGGUGCCUCCACAUCAAUGCUGAUUCUGUCCAACCUGGUGUUUCUUGGGGGAAAUGAAGUUGGAAAAAUCUACUGGAAUAGAAUCUUUUUACAAGGCUGGCCAUGGGUGAAUCUCUCAGUCAUGGGAUUCCUGUAUUCCUACUCCCAUGUGGGCAUUGCCUGGUCUCACACUUAUGCUGCAGACUAAUGCUACCUGCCUCCUACUCCUGGUCAGAGGUUCAUUUUAGGAAGAUCACUUUGACAUCUGAGUGGAUGAUGAACUUGGAAUGGGGAGAAUCUUCAGACAAUCAAACCAUUUGCACAAGAGGGCUCCCUAUCAUGAUUUCUCACCUGAAAGACCUGAGUACACCUCAGGAACCAUCUUCUCCAUUACCUGCAAUAGAUCUCUCCAAGACAACUCCAGAGAAGUUCAACCUGGGGCUGAAAACUUGAAAUUACACAGCAUAUUCACAAACCAGAGGACUUUUACAUUUAAAGAAAUUUAGAGCAAGAAGAGGCCUUUAGUGCCAAAGAUAUGCUGGAGCCACUACAAAUCAGACCUUGACUGAUUGUUCAGACUUAAGAAAGUGAUGGAGAUAAUGCCAAUAAUGAUUACGUUUAAGUGUGUCUUGACUACUCCUCCCCCCCCACCCCUGCAUCAGAGCCAGUUGUUAAAUAUAUGUUGGCACACCACUGUUUAUAGCUCACACAUGGAAUCAUAAGCUUUGGAGUUUAAAGGGACCUGGGAGAUCAUUUAAUGAUGCUUCUCUUUCAUUUUGCAUAUGAAGAAUAUGAAAUUUAGAGAAAUGACAUUAUCUUUCAAGAUCACACAUAUAGUAAGUAGCAGGGUUGGGAUUUUAAUCCAGAUCAUUUGACUGCUCUUUAUACUACACCAAGGAGUUGUUCCUUAUUUAAGGUAGUGACACAAAUAUGUAUAUAAAAUGAAAGCAAGAAAAAAGACAGGGCGAGGAAAAGAAGGGGAGAGAGCAAAAGACAAUUAUUUGCUAAUUAAUUUGGUUCUAUUUUAUUAAAUGCUAACAUUUUCAUGAUUCUAUCCCUUAUUUUAUGUUUUUGUUCAUAGUAAUUUAGUUUAAUAUAAUUUUAAGCAGUCAUAUUUACUUAUUGGUGGCUAGAGCAUCCCACUGAUUUUGUGGGACUUUUUGAUGGUUAUUAAGUUCAUAAUUUUUAAAAUGCAACAUUUACUGAUUGGAUAGAACAUUCUAUUAUACCCCUAAGAAUCUUCUGGGGAUUCAUUUAUUCAAUGGACAUUAAGUGCCCACUAUAUAAUUUGGACCACAUGGGCAUGAGGAAGACAUGAUGGUAAUGAUCACUCCAGGUUGUGUUGCACUUGGCCUACAUUCUGUGUACCUCUAUAGUGACUACUAUAUGCAAACAGUGAGAGAGAUUUAAAAGAAAAGUUAGGAUUCAAUGUGGUCCCAUGGAAGGAGAUUUAUAGACCAAUAAAGGGAUGACACACACACAGCAAACAAAAACCAGGUUAACUCUGAUACAUAGUAUAUAACAUGUCUCUCAGAGAAGUACAAGGCAAAGUUGUAUAACUAUAUGGCAGAAAUGUUCUAGAAAGAAUUCUUUUUGUGGGCUAGGCUGGACUAGAAGACCUUCAUAUUCCCUUCUAAUUUUCUAAUUCUAAUACUUAAUGAUUGUAAGGAAGAGACUCAUUACUAACAGAGCUGUGGAAGGUGGGGGAGAAAAGGGAGAGAAGUAGGUUGGGUGUGAUCAACAGAACCUUCAUCUACCUCUUGGAUUCCCUGGUUCUCUUUAAGGCUUAAAUCAAGUGCCACCUCCUCUAAGAAGCCUUCCAUGAUUCUUCUUCCCACCCACCACCCACCUCCCACAAAAUGUUCUGUAUAUAUUAUGUGUUUCCUCCCAGCAGUAUGUAAACUCCUUGAGGGCAUGGAGGAAAUAUCCAUUUUUGUCUUUGUAUCUUUAGCUCUGGGCACAUAGCAGGUGCCUAAUAAAUGUUUUUGAAUUGACUCGAUUCUACUGUAACAUCUCAACCAUGUUUCAAGGAAGGAUGUUUUCCUCAUGUCCUGUCAUGUAUUCUCCAGAGCUGUCUUAAGUGUCUUGUGUUAUUUAUUUCCUCAACAGAGAAUAAACAAAACCAGUCAUGCAUUUCUGGCAAGAUUCUCAGGACAGGGCAGAGUAAAACACUCCCCUUGAUAGGCCAGGGGACAGAGUUAAUGCUUUUAUUGUUUUUUUCCAAUUUAAUUAUCACAUGUGAUUCCUUAUUUUGGCAUCAGAUCUGGCUUCCCACUCCCUGGAUACAGAGGGCAACAUGACAAUCAGUUAAAUGGUAUGUAUUUCCACAAGCAACAUUAAUAGACACUUCUGGACACCUUUGGGGAAAUGGCUCUGAGCCUGUAUUGAACAAACACAUAGCCUCUGCCCAGUAAUUUUCCUCCCAUUCUCCUGAUUGCUUCGCUCCUCUACAGAAAUCUUCAGUGGUUACU